CCGAAAACCACCUGAAGACCGAAUCACACGCGAACACAGCCGAACCGGGCGGCGAAGAAGUGGCAUGGCGAAGGUGCUGCUCAGCAGGAUGGCGAACGAGGUACUACCCUUCCUUCUUAGCUUUCUGGACUUUGCUUUCAGGCUCCUGGUGAUGUUUGCCCGAGCGCUCUGGCAGUCACGCCAGGAGGUGUAUCUUGCCAGAUUGGAGCUGGCCGAUGACCAAAGAGUACCACCAGCAGUUCUAGUCGACCAGGUCCCAGCGGUGCCCUGCGUCACCGCGGUCCGCCCAUCGGAGAUGUGGCCGGAUCCGCUGGAGGCGCUCUCGCAUUUGGAUGGCCUGGUGGAAGAGGUGGAUGAAGAGGAGAACCUCUCCAUUUUUGAGCUACAGACUUGGUGGAUGAGAGGCGGUUGCGCCCAGAAGUUGCAAGCCGAGCUGGAGUUGGAGAAGGUGGUGGAGAAGGUGCAAGGGCUUCUGAAACGACGUGUUCGGAUGGAUGUGAGUCUCUCCGAGGCUGGAGCUGCCAUCGCCGUCUUUGGGCCUCGCUCAGCGAUGCAGUUGGCCGCACCCCAGUUGAGAGUCGCUGGCCUCGAGGAGGAGCGACCGCGAACGCGGCCGAACACGCCGUCGACCGGCUUUUUUGGCCUGCACUGCAGCGUGCAAGAGGUCUGGGACCUCGCGAAGGAGCACUUGCUCUUCGAUGCGUUCGAGGCAGAGUGGCUGGAUUUGGCGUGUUCAACCCCGCCCAUACGGCAGUUGCUGAGGGAGCGGUUAAGAGAGGCAGUGCAAGGCACUGAGCUGCACGUCUUCAUGGAUUCCAAUCCUUGGGAGGAGACGACCUCGCAACAUGCUUGCCUCGAUUGGAUCGGCGAGCUGAACGCCGAGGCCUGGCGCCGCGCGGUGCGAAGCCUGUCGCGCUGCGCCGAGCUCGGAAUUCAGCUCUCCGCAGCGUUGAGCUGCGUCUUCUGGCUGCCAAAGGAUGCAGCCCAACACGGCAAUUCUUUGCGAGGACUUCUCGCCCCACGUCAAAUGAGCCUUGUGACGCAGGAUGAUCGCAUUGAGCUGGCCCUUGAGAUGGAUGGCUUCGAGGACUUUGCCGCCUCGAUCUCCAGAGUCCUUUCUGGAGCUGUUUGGAGCGGAGGAUAUCCACUUUGUUGAAAGGAGCCAUGGAGCUGAGUGUGGAAGUUCCCUAACCACAGAAGCUUUGAUGCGAUUCUGGCAGUGGUCAGCUUCAGCCGAGACUGAAAAAGGAGCUUGGACACAAUAUCGAUCUUUUUGUUCUACCUUGUCAAUUCAUCAAGAUGUCAGUGCUCCCGAAAGCUGAACACCUAGGAUC